AUGAUCGACGAUGAUGUAUAUGAUGAUGAGACAAUUGAUAAUGAAAACGAUGACGAAGAACAUUUUCAAAUUGAAUCGGCUGAAAACGAGAAAAAAUACGUACUUGUUAACACACGAAUUGAUUAUCAAUAUCGUUCCGAUUAUCUUAAUAAUAUGUGUUUAUUCGACUUUGUUAGUAUAUUAUACAAGAAAAAAAUGAAUGCAACAGAUGUAAAAUAUUUAUCGAAGACUGCUGUAUCAAUAGAAGAAGAAGAAGGUAACAAAAAAGGUUGA